UCAACUUACAGUUAACUCCAACUUCUAAUCCCAACUGUAUACCUUAACCUACGCCACUCUCUGCCAACUUUCUUCUUGAUUUCUCUUCAAUUCUCUCCUCACCUUCCUUUUCUCUUCUCCAAAUUUAGCAACAACUUGCAGAAAGGCAUGGCCGAAGAAGAACCAAAGAAGAUUGAAACCGAGGCACCAGCUGAGCCACCUGCUCCAGUUACGGGGCCGCCUGCUGAAGCUCCCAAAGAUAUCGCCGAGGAGAAAGCUGUAAUUCCAAUUCCACCUCCACCUCCACCUGCUGAAGAGAAGCCCCAGGACUCCAAAGCUCUUGCUGUUGUUGAAAAGGCUUCUGAACCUGGUGAGGAGAAAAGUACAGAGGGGUCUGUCAAUAGAGAUACUGUGCUUGCAAGAGUUGAAACACAGAAGAGGAUUUCGCUGAUCAAAGCGUGGGAAGAUAGUGAGAAGUCCAAAGCAGAGAACAAAGCUCAUAAAAAGCUAUCCGCCAUUGUUUCGUGGGAGAACAGCCGAAAAGCAUCUGUAGAAGCUGAGCUAAAACAUAUUGAGGAAAAACUGGAGAAGAAAAAGGCACAGUAUGCGGAGAAAAUGAAAAACAAGAUGGCACUGAUUCACAAGGCAGCUGAAGAAAAGAAAGCAAUGGUUGAAGCUAAGAAAGGAGAAGAUCUUCUCAAAGCAGAGGAGACAGCUGCAAAAUAUCGUGCCACUGGAACUGCCCCUAAGAAGCUCCUUGGUUGUUUUUGAGGCUAAAAUCCUGAAAGGUCAGAUUGAAGAAUUAAAUUAUAUGUAUAUGCUCUUUGAAGAACAUUCAUUUGUUAACUAGUUUUGGUGUUUGGUUUAUGGUGUGUUCCUCUGUAUAUACAAUUUGUGAGAAUUAUUGAAUUCGUAUGAAAGAAGUUUGAUAUAUUGUUGUA